GUGAAGCUGAGCAGAUGAGCCGCGUUUGUACGGGAGAAAACUAAGGAUGAACCCCAACGAGGGAAAUGCUGAUGUUGUCAGGUCAGCAAGGCACCUGUUGUCCUUGUUGACCUCACAGUCAGGAAGUGCAGCUGGCCCUAGUCAAGAAAAUGCCAGGCAGCAGUUCAUUUCAGUUCAGGGUGAGAGAGCAGCUGUUCAGACCGAGAUGGCCAGGUCCUUCCCUGGGUUUUUCACCAAAGGACGGGGGAAAAAACGUUUUUGUGCUGCUGCACCUGUCCCCUGCAAACCAGCUAAAAUAAUGCCAUUGACCAUUUACCUCCUACCUCACCAAUAUGAUCGGACACCUAAGGAAGAGGACCAACUGUUGCACAUGCAAGCCGGGUUGGGGCGUAGGACGGCAUACAUGGAUGAAAAUGCUACACAUGAGGAAAUAUGUGCACAACUAAAGGAACUAUAUCCAAAAUUAAAGGAGCUGACAGGUGGUUGGCUCAUUUACAAAGCCUCAGGAGGGUGGGGUACCCGAAAGCUCACUCUUGUAACACCUGAUGAUGGAGGAUACUGCAGUAAGCUUUUGAAAACUGCAAGUCAGAAUGGUAAAGGAAUUCUGUAUAUAGCUCCUCUUCAAAUGGAACUUGAUACUUCUCCUCUGCCACCAACCUCGGGAAGCUUCAGCGGCAUGCCAAAAGAGAAGUGCCAGAAAUGUGGUGUCUUUUACCCGCUUGUCAUCCUACCUGCCCAUAUAAAGUCCUGCGAGGUCAUCAAUCUAGAGGAUGAUCAGAAUGCAACCUGUCCCAUAUGUGAGGAGGAAAUGCCACUUGAUAUUCUGGAAAUACAUGCAAGUUCUUGCAAAGAAAGGGUACCACCUGUAGACAGCUUGUCCCAGGCAGGACCAUCCAUACCCCACACUUCUUCAGGAAAUGUCACUCUACUUGCAUGUAAUGCUGAACCUUCAAAUGCAACUCAUGACACAUGCAUGAAUGAUUAUGACUGGAAAACUCAUCCAGAUCCUGAAAGAGCAGCAACUCUUUAUAGUAAGGGGAUUCUUCGCUUUCAUGAGACUGGGAAGCCCUUCUUCAUGAACAUGGAUUUGAGAAUGAGCAAGGAGGAUCAAGACCGAGAACUGCUUGCAUUGUACAAGCAGUCGAGUGUGGAAUGGGGAUGUCCAGUGACAUGUAAACUUCAAGGAGAUGUUGCUGUGGGUGAAGGAGUGACAAGAUACUUUUUUUCAGCACUAAUUCAAAGACUUAAAGCUGGCUUCACUAUUAACCUAGGAAAUGCUGAAAGUACUUGCCUAUUUGAAGGGGAACCUGAUCAUCUGGUCCCUUCAUCAUCCCAAUUCCUCAUUGAGGGUGACCUGUUUCUAGUAGCUGGACGGAUGCUGGGACAUUCGUUCUUACAUGGGGGACCUCGACUGUCUGGGCUCAGCAGAGCAAUUGUCCAUGUACUUGUAGGAGAUUCACCUGAGACAGCCACAGUGCAGAUAGAAGAUUGUCCUGACCAUGACAUACGAGAAAUAAUCAAAUUGCUUGAUGGAGAUGCUGAACUAAGUGAUGAUGAACGCAAGGCUGUCCUUGAUCUGUGUCUUUCUUGGGAUCUACCUGGCCCAACCAAUACAAACAGAAGAUGGCUCUUUGAACGCCUUUUGUGGCAUGCGGUAAAAUGCCUUGUCUACACAUGAUCCUCUUUCCCUGCAAAUUUUAACACUGCUGCCUUAGUGUGACUUUUUAGUUUUUAAGUAACCAAUACAUUAAAGUAAGCAGUAACAGUCUUUUGCCAAAUCUGCAGGUCAAUGGUAGAAGAUUACGUCAGUUGAAACAAAUUCGGAAAGGACUAAAGGAAACCAAGGUGUGGUCACUUUUGAUUGAAAGGAAAGAUGUGCAGAUCUUUCCAAAGGAAAGUGAAUAUUCACUUACGCCACAGAUACUGCUCCCAUACAUACACUGGCCCACUGAAAACAGUGCAGAUGAAGACGAUGAUGAUGACUGUCCACUGGAAAACAAGUGUCGCAUCUCAGGAUAUUUUCGGCAGUUCAUUGAGACUGGUAUGUAUUUUUUUACAUAACAUUUG